CCAGGGGGAACAUGCCCUCAGUCUGUACGUUCCGCAGGAAACUGAGGUAGGGGUUCGGAGGAAUGUUGUGGUAGGAGCGGAAGUGGCCACAAGAGAAGUAGUAGAGCGACGAUGAACAACAAAUUUGAUGCUCUAAAAGAUGACGACAGUGGGGAUCAUGAUCAAAAUGAAGAGAACGGCACACAGAAAGACUGUGAGAAGGAAAGAAAUGACAAGGACAAGUGCCAGACAUCCUCCAGGAAGAAGUCUGUUGUGCCAGGUCCAACUGAGCACCCCUUGCAGUACUACUACACCUUCUGGUAUUCGCGCAGAACCCCAGGGAGACCUACCAGUUCCCAGAGCUAUGAGCAGAACAUUAAACAGAUCGGUACCUUUGCCUCUGUGGAGCAAUUUUGGAGGUUUUACAGUCACAUGGUACGCCCCGGGGACCUGUCUGGACACAGUGACUUUCACCUUUUCAAGGAAGGGAUCAAACCAAUGUGGGAGGAUGAUGCAAAUAAGAAUGGAGGGAAAUGGAUAAUUCGUUUGCGCAAAGGCCUUGCAUCCAGGUGCUGGGAAAACUUGAUCUUGGCUAUGUUGGGGGAGCAGUUCAUGGUUGGAGAAGAGAUCUGUGGGGCAGUUGUCUCUGUACGUUUCCAGGAGGACAUCAUAUCUAUUUGGAACAAAACUGCUAGUGACCAAGCAACCACAGCACGGAUUCGAGAUACUCUACGCCGAGUCCUGAAUCUUCCACCCAACACCGUCAUGGAGUACAAAACACACACAGACAGCAUCAAGGACAAAACAAGUUUCCGGAACACAAAAAUUACAUUGUAAAAAGGAGGAUACAUUUCCCUCUCUGCCAGUUUCUUUCUUCUUUUGAAAUGCACCACUUAAAUCCCCACACAGUAUAUCCCUAUGCUGUGCUAAUACAAACGUUUGUUGCCAAAUGGCACAGCAGAACUCAAGAAUCCAAUGUGUUACUUGCCUCUUCUGGUAGAGAGUAAUGCUGGCCUGUUUACUUGUCCAAGGACUCCACAACAACUGCUGCCCUCCAAUGAGAAGAAACAUCAGUUUAUUGUUAAAAGAUUUUGUUUUUAUUUGGUUUUGUUUUAUUAUGGGAUGGAGGAAGAUCGGUAUUACCCCACUCAGUAAGAAACAGCCUUGCAAAUUGUGCCCAAUCCAUCACAAGCUAACCUUUCUUCCCAGUGUUUGCCUUGUACUUUUUCUUCAGCACUUUGUUCAUUUCCUUUCAUGUUUUACGCAAAGGAUUUUGUGCAUAUAAAUAUUAGAAUCAUAUCAGACCCAUUCCUGAAAUUGGAGUAUUAUACCAAAUGUCUGUGUAUAUAAGAAAUAUGUAUGACUGCUGUUGUACUGGAGUGCAAUUUCUCUUUGCAGCAUUGCCAUUAAAUUAUUGGGUCUCUUUUUUUCA